GCAUCACGUGAAACUUUCGUCACAAUGGUCAGAACACUCUGUACCUCUGAGGACCGUAUGCACUGAGGUCUUUCUCUUCAACCACAAUGAGUUUGCAGUCUUGUUGAUACAGCCACAUUCUUUCAGCCCCCCUUUCCCACUAAUAUGCAGACUGUGAGUGUUUCACAUCAGCCAGGAUCACUCCAGCUCAACUUGUGUGUCCCAUGCAGACUUAAAUCAGGGCUUCUACUGGACACCCAGCUACACAGGGUUUGAUGUUAUGAAAAUGUCUUUUUUGCCAUGUUAAUAGCUCAACCAUUAACUGAGGAGGGAAGAUACCUGCUGUGCUGGACAAUCACAGACUGAGACCCCUCAGAGUCCUGCUCUGACAUCCUGAAUCGGACAUGGGGAAAGUCUACUACAUCAGUAAAAAUGUGGGCCUUGGACUGCUUGUACUGGGGGUCAGCGCUUUGGCCACGAUUAUAGCUCUGUCCAUUGCCUACGACAAGGAAAAGGCCAAGAAUCAGGGCAGGCCUGGAGAUGGAGCAGCAGACAGCACCAGCAUGCCUACACCCCCUGCUACCCUCUUCACCCCCAAGGAGCCCUGGGACCGCUACAGACUUCCAGACUCCCUUGUUCCCGUUUCUUAUAAUGUGACCCUUUGGCCACGGCUGGAGCCCAACGCAGACGGCCUGUACAUCUUCACCGGACAUUCAGCGGUGGUCUUCAAAUGUGUGAAGGAAACAGAUCUCAUCAUCAUCCACUCCAAUAAGCUGAACCUCACCAACUUCCAUGGGCACCUCGCUAAACUGAGCGGCCUGGAUGAAGUCACUGCGCCCACAAUACAAAAGUCUUGGCUUGUGGUGAAGACAGAGUUUCUGGUUCUUCAGCUGCGCAGCAGAUUAGCUGUGGGAGCGACUUACGUGCUUUACAUUGAAUUUCAGGGAGAGCUGGCAGACGACCUGGAGGGCUUCUACAGGAGUGAAUACACUGAGGAUGGAGUGAAGAAAGUUGUUGCUACCUCACAGAUGCAAGCAACAUAUGCCAGGAAAACCUUCCCUUGCUUCGACGAGCCGGCCAUGAAAGCUGUCUUCAGUGUCACCAUCAUCCACAAGCGAGGCACCGUGGCUCUGUCCAAUGGCAGGGAAAUUGAUGCUGCAGACGGGGUCAUUGAUGGCAUGCCUGUCAAAGUAACUACAUUUGAGCCCACUGAGAGAAUGUCCACAUAUCUAUUGGCAUUUAUCGUCAGUGACUUUGUUAGCAUUCAGUCAAACCAAAACAACAACUUGUUGAUCCGAAUCUGGGCUCGAAAAAAAGCCAUAGAUGACAGACAGGGUGACUAUGCUCUCAACGUUACAGGGCCGAUCCUUCAGUUCUACGAGCGUUACUACAACGCAACUUAUCCACUCUCCAAGUCAGAUCAGAUAGCACUGCCUGACUUCAAUGCUGGGGCAAUGGAGAACUGGGGCCUAGUCACAUACAGGGAGACGGCCCUGCUCUAUGACCCCAUCGUAUCCUCCACUGGAAACAAAGAGAGAGUUACAACUGUCAUCGCCCAUGAACUUGCACACAUGUGGUUUGGGAACCUGGUGACUCUGCGAUGGUGGAAUGACCUGUGGCUGAACGAAGGCUUUGCAUCAUACGUGGAAUAUCUGGGAGCUGACUACGCUGAGCCCACCUGGGACAUGAAAGACCAGAUCAUUCUGUAUGACAUGUACAAGGCGUUUGCUGUGGACGCCCUGGCCUCGUCUCACCCACUGUCGUGCAGAGAAGAGGAGGUCAAUGAUCCCGCUCAGAUCAGCGAGAUGUUUAACACCAUCUCCUACAACAAGGGAGCAGCAGUGCUCAGGAUGCUGUCAGAGUUUCUAACUGAGCCUGUGUUUGCCAGAGGACUCAGUUCUUACCUGAACACAUUUGCCUUCGACAACACAGAGUAUACAGACCUGUGGGACCAUCUCCAAAAGGCAGUUGAAAACACACCAGGUAUUCAUAUUCCACACACUGUCCAUGACAUCAUGAACCGCUGGACUCUCCAGAUGGGCUUCCCAGUGGUCACUAUUGACACCCGGACAGGAAGUAUCUCUCAGAAACACUUCCUGUUGGAUCCAGACUCUGUAGUGGACAGACCCUCUCAGUUCAAUUACACAUGGUUUGUCCCUAUUAAAUGGAUGAAGACAGGUGUGGAGCAGCAACAGUACUGGCUCCUUCAGAAGACAGACACCAACAGUCUGAUGAGAGUGUCGGGACAGGACUGGGUGCUGGCGAACACCAAUGUAUCUGGAUACUUCAGGGUGAACUAUGAUCUUGAGAACUGGAGUCGUCUUCUCUCCUUGCUCAACACCAACCAUAAGGCUUUAUCAGUCAUCAACAGAGCACAGAUCAUAGAUGAUGCGUUCAACCUAGCAAGAGCCAAAAUAAUCAGUACAACGUUAGCCCUCACAACUACCAAAUACCUGUCUAAGGAGAAAGACUACAUCCCCUGGGAGUCAGUUCUGAGAAACCUCAAUUACUACAUCCUGAUGUUUGACCGCACUGAGGUCUACGGAGCGUUACAGGCAUACCUCAAGAAACAAAUACAACCACUGUUUGAGCACUUCAGGACAAUUACAGCUAACUGGACCAGAGUACCUUCAGGACACACUGACCAGUAUAAUCAGAUCAAUGCUAUUGGGAUAGCCUGCAGUAUGGGUGUAAGGGGCUGCAGGGAGUUGAUCAGAGGCUGGUAUCGACAGUGGAUGGAAACACCAAAUCACAACCCGAUUCAUCCCAACUUGAAAAGCACAGUUUACUGCAGUGCCAUAGCUUUUGGUGGCACGGAGGAGUGGGACUUUGCCUGGAUGAAGUUCAAGAACACCACUGUGGCCUCUGAAGCUUCCAGGCUAAGAGCAGCCAUGGCCUGCACCAAAACACCUUGGCUUUUGAACAGGUAUCUGGAGUACACCCUAGACCCGACUAAGAUCCGCAAGCAAGAUGCCACCUCUACCAUCCAGUACAUCGCACAAAAUGUUGUGGGACUGCCCCUGGCCUGGAACUUCAUCAGAGCAAGAUGGAGUUACAUUUUCCAGCAGUAUGGAAAAGGUUCAUUUUCCUUCUCCAGUCUCAUCAGCGGAAUCACAAAGAGAUUCUCUACAGAGUUCGAGUUACAGGAGCUGAAGAAAUUCAAAGAAGACAACCUUCAUGUUGGUUUUGGCUCAGCCACCUUGGCCCUGGAACAGGCCAUUGAAAAGACCACAGCCAACAUCAAAUGGGUGACGGAGAACAAAGCCCAAGUGCUGAAGUGGUUUACUGAGGCGUCCAAAUGAGAACAUUCAGAGAGCACUUUUUGCGUACUGUCAGGGAUAUGUAACGGAUAACAAUCAUUAUAAUCAUCAGGAACAACAAAUGACCAGCCCCUUGACCACUGCUAUGACUAUUCAUCUCUGGAUGUCAGUGUAAAAGACCAUGUUUCGCUCUGUAUAUCAGUAAUGUAAUGGUAAAUAAACAAGUUGAACUCUCA